UCCCAGCAAGAGUGGAUUCAGCCGUCCAGCGGCAAACAUGAGAAAAACAUUACUAUGGGUUCAGCUGGGCCUGAUGGUCACAGCGGGUUACGGCAGUUACGGCCCCAGUGGCAGUAGCGGUGGAGGCGGUGGAGGUGGAGCUUACUCAACACCAUCUGUAAGCACUGGAUAUUCUGCACCAUCUGGAGGUGGAGGAGGUGGAGGAGGUGGAUAUGGAGGUGGAUCAUCUAGUGGAGGAGGUGGAAGUGGAUCUUCUGGUGGAGGCUACUCAGCACCAUCUGUAAGCACUGGAUAUUUACCACCAUCUGGAGGUGGAGGAGGUGGAUCAUCUAGUGGAGGAGGAGGAGGAGGAGGUGGAUCUUCUGGUGGCGGCUACUCAGCACCAUCUGUAAGCACUGGAUAUUCUGCACCAUCUGGAGGUGGAGGUGGAGGUGGAUACGGAGGUGGAUCAUCUAGUGGAGGAGGUGGAUCAUCUAGUGGAGGCUACUCAGCACCAUCUGUAAGCACCGGAUAUUCUGCACCAUCUGGAGGUGGAGGUGGAGGAGGAGGUGGAUACGGAGGUGGAUCAUCUAGUGGAGGAGGAGGUGGAUCAUCUAGUGGAGGAGGUGGAUCUUCUGGUGGAGGCUACUCAGCACCAUCUGUAAGCACCGGAUAUUCUGCACCAUCUGGAGGUGGGGGAGGAGGAGGUGGAUACGGAGGUGGAUCAUCUAGUGGAGGAGGAGGUGGAUCAUCUAGUGGAGGAGGUGGAUCUUCUGGUGGAGGCUACUCAGCACCAUCUGUAAGCACUGGAUAUUCUGCCAUCUGGAGGUGGAGGUGA